AUGGGGGAGGCGCCGUCGAGCAGUGGCGCUGUGUGCCACGAGAUGACGGCAUCCUUCUCCUUCCACGAGGUAGAGAGGCGGCGGGACAGCGCUAUACAUUCCGCCGUGGUGGAAUCACUGGCAAAGUGGAGCUUCUUUCCGUACCCCGCGUGUACGCCUAGGCAGCUGCAGCAGGUAGACCUCUUUCUCGUGGCGUGCAGCAUGGAUGCCACCGUGCCAGAAACAACACCACAAGACAGUGUUGCUACAAGAAUGGUGGGAGUUGUGGGGGUGGUCUGGGUACCCCUCGCCCCUGGUGCGCUGGUGGAGGGAUACCUGCAGGUUGUGCUGGUGCAACCGAGGUAUCGCAGGCACCGUAUCGCGCAUCAGUUGCUUGGGCGGGCAUUGAGACUGGUGGAGGGUGGUGAUUCACGCAGAGUGAUUGCGAGGUGGCGGCUGCACACAAUGGGGCCGUCAUCGAGCACCAGCGACUACCUGCGUCGUAUUACCGGUACCGAUACGUCAUCUUCCUCUGUGGCGGAAAAGGCAUCAUCGUCAUCAUCAUCAUCAUCAUCAUCAACGAUAAGAACAAUAAAGGGAGUGGAAAUAGGAAAGGGGCUGUCAGCUUCUGACGGAGAGGAAGCGAACCAUAUGCAGGUAGAAGAGGCAGAGCGGCUGGUGGCUGCAGUUCCGCGCAUUUACGAGUCUCUUGGGUUCAUCAUUAGGCGGAAUGUGUACGCGUACUAUGGCAAGUGUGCGGAGGCUCUUGAGAUGGUGAAGCUUGUGCAGGGCGCAAGGAAGCGGCGGUGA